CGCGCUCGCUUGCCGGCGGGCUCUGGGCGGCGGCGGGAGCGGGCGAUGGGCAGCGGCGGCGUGAUCCACUGUAGGUGUGCCAAGUGUUUCUGUUAUCCUACAAAGCGAAGAAUAAGAAGGAGACCCCGAAACCUAACCAUCUUGAGCCUCCCUGAAGAUGUGCUCUUUCACAUUUUGAAAUGGCUUUCGGUUCAGGACAUCCUUGCUAUCCGAGCUGUGCACUCCCACCUGAAGUACCUAGUGGAUAGCCAUGCCAGCGUGUGGGCGUGUGCCAGCUUCCAAGAGCUAUGGCCUUCACCAAAGAACCUGAAGCUCUUUGAAAGGGCUGCUGAAAAGGGAAAUUUUGAAGCUGCUGUGAAGCUGGGUGUCGCCUACCUCUACAAUGAAGGCUUGUCUGUGUCUGAUGAGGCCCGUGCAGAAGUGAAUGGCCUGAAGGCCUCUCACUUCUUCAGUCUCGCUGAGCGACUGAACAUGGGUGCCGCACCCUUCAUCUGGCUCUUCAUCCGCCCGCCGUGGUCGGUGUCGGGAAGCUGCUGCAAGGCCGUGGUUCAUGAGAGCCUCCGGGCAGAGUGCCAGCUGCACAGGACUCACAAAGCGUCCAUAUUGCACUGCUUGGGAAGAGUGCUGAGCCUUUUCGAGGAUGAAGAGAAAAAGCAACAGGCCCGUGACCUGUUUGAAGAGUCUGCUAAUCAGGGAUGUUUGACCAGCUCGUACCUCCUCUGGGAAAGUGACAGAAGGACGGAUAUGUCAGAUCCCGGACGAUGCCUCCACAGCUUCCGGAAACUCAGGGACUACGCCGCCAAAGGCUGCUGGGAAGCACAGCUGUCUUUAGCCAAAGCCUGUGCAAAUGGAAACCAGCUUGGACUAGACGCGAAAGCCUCCAGUGAGAUAGUCUGCCAGCUGUUUCAGGCAUCCCGAUCUGUCAGUAAGCAGCAGGUCUUCUCUGUGCAGAAGGGACUCAAUGACACGAUGAGGUACAUUCUGAUCGACUGGCUGGUAGAAGUCGCCACCAUGAAGGACUUCACGAGCCUGUGCCUUCACCUGACUGUGGAGUGUGUGGACCGCUACCUGCGGAGGAGGCUGGUGCCCCGGUACAGACUCCAGCUGCUGGGCAUUGCCUGCAUGGUCAUCUGUACCCGGUUCAUCAGUAAAGAGAUCCUGACGAUCCGCGAGGCCGUGUGGCUCACUGACAACACAUACAAGUAUGAGGACCUGGUGAGGAUGAUGGGCGAGAUCGUCUCUGCCUUGGAAGGAAAAAUUCGCAUCCCCACCGUGGUUGAUUACAAAGAGGUCCUGCUAACGCUGGUCCCUGUGGCACCAAGAACCCAGCACCUAUGCAGCUUCCUCUGUGAGCUCUCCCUGCUGCACACCAGCCUGUCCACUUACGCCCCAGCCUGCCUGGCUGCCGCGGCCCUGCUCCUGGCCAGACUGACACACGGGCAGACACAGCCCUGGACCGCUCGGCUGUGGGACCUCACCGGGUUCUCCUAUGACGACCUCGUGCCUUGUGUCUUGAGUCUACAUAAAAAGUGCUUUCAUGAUGACACCCCAAAGGACUACAGGCAAGUCUCCCUGACGGCCGUGAAGCAGCGAUUUGAGGACAAGCGCUAUGAGCAAAUCAGCCAGGAAGAGGUGCUGAGCUACAGCCAGCUGUGUGCAGCAUUAGGAGUGAAACAAGAGAGUCCAGAACCCCUGUCUUUCCCGAGCGCGGGGAAACUUCAGGCCUUCCUCAGCUCUCCCUCUGGGAGGAGGAGCAAACGGAAGCGAGAGAACAGCCUCCAGGAGGAUAGGGGCAGCUUCGUCACCACCCCCACCGCGGAGCUGUCUAGCCAGGAGGAGACGCUACUGGGCAGCUUCCUGGAUUGGAGCCUGGACUGCUGCUCCGGCUACGAGGGUGACCAGGAGAGUGAGGGCGAGAGGGAGGGUGAUGUGACGGCUCCCAGUGGUGUCCUUGAUGUCACCGUGGUCUACCUGAACCCAGAACAGCACUGCUGCCAGGAAUCGAGUGACGAGGAGGCCUGCCUGGAGGACAGGGGAUGCCGAGAUCCACAUACCCCAGCAUCAAGCACCCAAACAUCUCCAAUCCCAGUCCCUGAGCCCCCUCUCUCUGACAAGAGGGAGCCAGGCAAGGACAUCACAACCUCAGGGUACUCGUCUGUCAGCAGCAUUAGUCCUGUAAGCUCCGUUGACAGUGGCUCAGGGGGCCCUCCCCAGUCUACCUCAGUGCUGUCCCUGGGCAGCGACUCAGACACACAGCCUUGCCACCACCAGGCCAGGAAGUCUCUGAGCCCCCCAGAGAGCAGUGUUCCCUGGCCUCAGGUGAAGCAAACCCUGUCUGUGCACAGUGGGGAGGAGGACGUGAACUUGGGCUUCCUUUAGCUGUGAGUGUGUGGGCAUGUCUGCUGCAGUGAAUGUUUACUGGGAGAGGGCUGCUGUUGCGCUAGCCUGGGCGGGGGCACUGCACACGAAUGCUGUGUAGACCCUGGUGGCUGUCACACAGAGUAGAGGGGGUUACUCAAGGGCACCAAGUUUCUCUCUCCAGGGGAAUUACACGUGAGCCUUCAGAAUGAAAAGCUGAGAUCCUUCUCUUUGGAAACUUGAGCCUCAAAACAAUCAUGCCACACUGUGGGAAGCCUAUCCACUCUGUCAUCUCCCAUGUCCUGCUGUCUCUGGAAGCUUAAUCCUGGGUGUGUCCUCGUCUUCCCAAUCCCCACUAAGCUUCAUGCCAGGAGCCCACAGCUUUCAUGCCUAGAAAAUGUGUGAUGUGGGGAGCCUCAUCUGUCUGGGUUUGGGCUCCAGCUGGGAGCUAACAGCUCUGAGCACACCCCCAUCCCCUCACCCACCUCUGCCUGUGUGGGGCAUCCACUCCCUUCUGGGAGAUGGGUCUAAUGGUGAGAGAGCCUGUGUCCUUGCAUUUCAACGUGAACCGUGGUGUGACUGCCGGGCAUGGGGGCCCUGAUGCCUUGGCCACAGCCUCCCUUCCUCGUCUGGCACUCUCAGCUCAUUUUAGAAAUCUGUUCCUCCUGGAAUGGUUUGUGUCCCUUUCGAUGGUGUCCAUAUGAACAUCUCUUUUUGCACUGGGCCAUUCUUGUCUAUACUUCUAGAUUUUCUCUCCUAAGAUAAAAAGAAAAAUUAAAAAUAGAAGGCACUAAAUCUAAAAAGAAAAAACGAGAUUACCAACACUAUUUGGGAUCACCUGAAAAAAUCUGACUCCAAGCCCUCAAUGCUAUCCUGACACUUUUCAUGCAAAAAGAAUUUUCCCAGAGGUUAGCCAAAAAGAAAAAGUUUUCUAAGUCAAUUGUAACAUCCGGGGUGAGCAGAGUAACCAGUAGGACUUGCCCUUCACAGAUCACUGGAUCCCCCAGGAUUCCUGUGGGAAUAGAUCCUCAGAGGCAGCAGUCAAAACACCCGCUUGCCCUUCUGUGAUGCUUUUGUUUCCUCUUGAAAUGUAAGAAAGAACCACUUGGCCAGAAGUGUCUCCCAAACGCUCUUGAACCAGAAGUGCAGGGAUAUGGAGAUGUUAACUCAGUGGCUGCUUUUCUGUGUGCUUGCUGCAUGCGUGUGGAUGUCCCCGUGGCAGCUGUCUUUUCGCUACUGUGAGAGAAUUUGGGCUACCCUGCGUGGGGCAUGGUUGGGGUGACGAGAGCCCAAGAGUUGGAACUGUAGAUCUGUCCUGUUGACUUUGCCCCUGGGCAUGUGUGAGCCUCAGUUUCCUCAU